AUGGGAUCAAUCGAGCGAGUCGUGCCCGUCUCAUUGCCGAGGAGGGUUCAUACAUUGUCGCGCAUCACUAAUGAGACGAAAAUUCAAGUCUCGUUGUCGCUGGAUGGAGGCUCACUACUGGCAUACGAAGAGUCGCAACAUUUCUCGUCAUCAAUACCUCAAGCUCAGAAACAAGCGCAGCCGGACGUCCUAGUACCUCUGCCCACUUCCCACCAUGCAACACAAAUAACGCCGAGCCAGCAAAUCGCCAUUUCAACCGGCAUUGGCUUUCUAGACCACAUGCUCCACGCCCUGGCAAAACACGCUGGCUGGUCGCUAGCCAUUCGAGCAAGCGGAGAUCUGAUAGUUGACGACCACCAUACUGCCGAAGACGUCUUUCUCGCGCUUGGCUCGGCAUUCAACGCUGCGUUGGGCAAACGAGCCUCUCUCGUCCGCUUUGGCAGGGGCGACGCACCGCUUGACGAAGCCCUCUCAUGGGCCGUCAUUGAUCUGUCGAAUAGGCCCUAUAGCGUCAUUGACCUUGGGUUCACCAGGGAAAAAAUCGGCGACCUCAGCACGGAGAUGCUGACUCAUGGAUUGGAGAGUUUCGCACAGGCCGCAAGUGUGACGAUGCAUGUGAAGUGCGUGUACGGACACAACAACCACCACAGGGCAGAGAGUGCGUUCAAGGCGCUUGCCGUGGCAUGCAGAAUCGCUUGUGAGAGAAGAGCAGAAGGCACUGUCGGUGCUGGGGACGUGACGAGUACAAAGGGCGUUCUUGGCUCAAGUGUCAACGGGUAA